AAAUUCUUGAUAGGGGGCAAUUGGAAAAACUGUAAGGAUUUUACUACAUUUCAACAUUUGAUACUAAGUAAAAAUUAUGAUAAGGUUGUAAAAAAUGCUAAAACCUUAGCUAAAAUUGAUGUUUUUGUAGCAGUUCCAAAUAUUUGGAUAGGAGAUGCAGAAAAGCUUCUUGAAUUCUCACUUGGAAUACAAGAUAUUAGUGCAUGUGAUGAAACAGUUACUGGUGAAGUAUUGGCUGACAUGGUGAGAGACAAGGUAUCAUAUGCUAUAAUAGGGCAUAGCGAGCGUAGAACAGUUUUGGGUGAAUCAAAUGAAAUGAUACAAAAGAAAGUAAAAUAUGCACUGUCAAGUGGAAUAAGACCUAUUUUGUGUAUUGGUGAGAACAUUCAGCAAAGACAAAGCGAUAAUUUUUUACAUUUUUUGAAGAAUCAAUUGAUUAGCUCAAUACCUAUGGGAGUUGAACGAGCCUUAUUACAUCAAAUUAACAAAAAUAUUGACUCAGUUAAUGAAUCAGAAAUCACUGAUAUUGGAUCAAAUUCAGAAAACAUCUGUUUAUCGGAGGACUAUCAGAUUUUAUCAGAAGUUCUUAAUACUCAUUUAAGUGAUUCAUAUCUUGAUACGAUGGAGAUGCAUCUUGAACUAGAUAUUGCAUAUGAGCCACUUUGGGCAAUAGGAAAAGAAUCAGCUACCUUGGAACAAAUAGAAAUGGUUGCUCAAAACAUUGAAGAGUGGAUGUUAAAAUACAACAUUAGAGGUCGGAUAAUCUAUGGAGGAGCUGUAACUGACGAAAAUGCAGAGAAAAUUUUACGAAUUAAAAAUAUCAAUGGUCUUCUUAUAGGUGGGGCAUCUUUAGAUGAACGAUUUAUUAACAUUUUGGAAAUUGCAAGAACUAACUCAAGAGAUUUAAAAUGA